UGAACAUUCUGCCUGUUGUAGAGCUGUAACUUUAGUCCAUGGAUGUGGUUUUUCAGGUUUCAUACAAGGUGGGUGGAAGCAUAAGUGAUGUGGUGAUCUCAACACAACGGCGUCGUCACCUAGCACAGCUCAUGGUUACAGAUGGAUCCCUCACCUCUUGUCCCCACUCCCCUUCAUCAACUCGUGGCCAUCAAGUGUAUAGGCGGCCUCUUAGACGGUCUCGAUCCCUUGUGGAGAUGGUGUUUCACAGUGAAACUGGUGACUUAGAGGAUCUGAAGUUGAAAAAUAUUCGUCAGACAGAGUUGCUGGUGGAUCUGCGGGAGAGCAUUCUGGCUGUCGGGCGACACUUCCAGGCCUGUGAUGCCCGGUUUUCACGGAUCUCCCUCAUGCCAGAUUACAGUCUGGAAAGUCAUGCCAAAGACCAUGAGGUCUUUCUGCAAGUAUCUGCUGGCAAAAGAAGGCGAGCCAAAGCCCUUCUGGAUUUUGAACGGCACGAUGACGAUGAGUUGGGUUUUCGCAAGAAUGACAUCAUAACAGUUGUUUCCAUGAAAGAUGAGCAUUGUUGGGUUGGUGAACUGAAUGGUUUGAGAGGUUGGUUCCCAGCAAAAUUUGUGGAGGUGUUGGAUGAGAGAAGCAAACAGUAUUCCAGUGCAGGAGAUGAUGGAGUGAGCCCAGUCAUUGCAGAUCUUGUGCGUGGAAACUUGUGCUCUGCCCUCAAGGCCAUUCUUGAGCAUGGCAUGAAGAAGCCCUCAGUUCUUGGGAGCCCAUGCCACCCAUGGCAGUUCAUUGAAGAAGUUGCAAACUAUGAAGUUAAGCGAGAUUUUGGCUCUGUCUACUCACGACUGGUCCUCUGCAAAACAUAUCGUCUAGAUGAAGAUGGGAAGGUCCUCACGCCCGAGGAGCUCCUGUAUCGGUGUGUGGUGGCGGUUAAUCGGUCCCAUGAUGUCCAACAUGCUCAAUUGGACGUGAAACUUCGCUCUCUCAUCUGCAUGGGUCUCAAUGAACAGGUUUUUCACCUCUGGCUUGAGAUCUUGGCUUCUGCCCCAUCCAUUGUUGCCAAAUGGUACAAUCCAUGGGGCUACCUGGCCUCCCCAGGUUGGGUGCAGGUCAAGUGUGAAUUGCGAGUCUUAUCGCAGUUUCCAUUUAGCCUGAAAGUGGAUUGGGAGUUGCCUCCGGCAAAGAAGCCGGUGCAGCCGAUGCGCGAGGGAGUGCGGGACAUGCUCGUCAAACAUCAUCUCUUCUCCUGGGACCUCUGAACCUUUUGUGUCUUUCACCUUUCCCUGACAAUGACAUAGGAGAGCAUUUUCUGAACUAACUGCGGUCAGGUGACUGGAUGGGCUCAACAGCAGGAUGGGUGUUUUGAUUCUCCAGUUGAGUUUGAAAAUUAAUGAAUAGCUGCAAUUGGAAUCAGUUUUGAAUAAUGGUUUCUUCUGAAAUGUCUAUCUCAGGAAAAGGUGAGAAAGCAUCUAAUUCCCAUCUCUAGUCCCUCUUCAGGCCCUUGUAUCCUCUAGUCCUUGGAUCAAAGCAUUUCUUUCCAUUCCAUUUAUGUUUUUCAUGUAUGUUUCCAAGUUUUCCUCAUAGAUCUCUGCCAGAGUAACUUAAACACCCUUAUUUAAAGCACAAACAGAUUAUAUGGUUGUUACAUUGAAAAAGAGCAAGAAAGAAGGAUGUGUCCACUCAGAUUAAUGUCAUGUAGACCCCACGUCUUCAUCAUGUGGUACUUGAACACUUCCAUGUACUGUUUCCUUGUUAGCAGUUAUUGUAAUUGUAGAAAUUCUAUUACCAGGGAGAAUGUUCAAAUUAAUCUGGCUGGGAUCUGUAUUUGUUGCCACAUCUGAUGAUGAGAGAGACUUUAAUUUUAUUCUUUGGAUUAUUUUAUGCUUAUGAUGUCGAUCAAGUAAAUGUGCUUUCUUUUGCCUGCA